AUGGAGACGCUGAACGAGCUCACUGGUCGUGCUGGUAGCAUUUCUCUCGAGUCAGCAAAAGCCGCUCGCUCAGGACCAAACCAAGUCCUGUCCGGCCCUUUGUCCUCCUAUCUGGACAAGAUCUAUGCAUCCUUGACUGCCGCGGCGACCGCCGAUUUUGUCAAGGAUGUGCAACACGAAGAGAUUGCCGGUGGCCUCGAGGCCGCAAAUCCCCUCGCGUCCUUGGCAGCAUUCCGUGCGUAUAUGGCCAGCCCGGCGUCUGAUGCAUUGCGUCCGUCCAAAGGUCAGGAUUUGUCGGCACCGAUAACAGAUUAUUACAUCUCAUCCAGUCACAACACCUAUUUGACGGGGAAUCAGCUGUACAGUGAUGCUGCAGCGGCCGCAUAUACCAACGCCCUCUUGAGUGGUUGUAGAUGUGUUGAAAUCGACGUUUGGGACGGGGAUGCGGACACUGACAGCGUCUCUGGUGACACCAGCAGUAGCAGCAGUAGUAGCGAGUCGAGCUCUGAUGAAGGAGAAAAGACCAUUCACCGUAAGAAGCAGGACGUAUCAAAGGCGGCUGGUAGCACACGGCCAGCCAAGACAACAUCGCGGCGCAAGGGCAUCUCGUCCAAAUUGGGAAGCCUGUUGGGACGCAAAUCAUCGCCACAUGACGGCGCUCGUGAUCAACCUGCAUCGACUGCUACCGCUGCCGCCGCUGCUACUCUAGACUCUACAACGAAAUUCCUACGCCGUCCGGAGCCCCGGGUGCUUCAUGGUCACACGCUGACGAAAGGAACCACGUUCCGCAAUGUCUGCUAUGCGAUUCGCGACAGUGCAUUCGUUGCAAGUGACCUGCCCGUCAUUGUCAGUUUGGAGGUGCACACAUGCCUCGAGCAGCAGGCGACGAUGGUGGAAAUUAUGGAGGAGGCAUGGAAAGGAAUGUUGAUCGAAGUGACCCCUGAACUUGAAGCUACUCACGCCCCGCCUCCUCUGGAGACCUUGAAACGCAAGAUCCUCAUCAAGGUCAAAUGGGUCCCCGCGACAGGCGAGGGCCAAGGGGAAGCGCAAAAGAACGACCACACCGACCCGCUCGACACACCUCCAUCGCUCGACCAGAACGGACAUCCAGCGGACGGUCAACCUUCACCACCCGAGAAACCGUCCAAGGUCCUGCACUCCCUAAGCAGGCUAGCGAUUUUUACCAAGGGUUUCUCCUUCCACCACUUCACCCAGCCAGAGGCCAAAGUACCCGGACACGUGUUCUCCCUAUCCGAGAACGCCGCGCGGGAGGCCUACGCCAAAGACCGCGACGCCCUCCUCGAGCACAACCGCCGCUUCUUCAUGCGGGUCUACCCCUACGGCCUGCGCGUCAACUCGUCCAACCCGGACCCGACCUUCUUCUGGCGCUGCGGCGCCCAGAUCGUCGCCCUGAACUGGCAAAACCUCGACAAGGGCAUGAUGCUCAACCGGGGCAUGUUCACCGGCGAGCCCGGCUGGGUCCUCAAGCCCCAGGGCUACCGCGGCUCCGACCCCGCCUCCACCCCCGUGAAGCGCCAACACCUCGAUCUCUCCAUCGAGGUCCUCGCCGGCCAGAAUCUCCCCUUGCCCCCGGGGGAUACCAAGGAGUCCGGGUUCCGUCCCUACGUGAGCUGCUACCUGCACGUGGAAUCGCCAGACGAGGAGAACGGCUCUCCACCGGGAGGCGACAACACCACCGACUCGGAGAAGACGAGCUACAAGCGCCGCAUCAAGAGCGCCACAGGCACGCAUCCGGACUUCGGCGCGCAGAUGAUCCAGUUCCCGACUUUGUCGGGCGUUAUUGAGGAAUUGACCUUUGUCAGAUUCAAAGUCAAGGAUGACGAGCUCGGACGAGACUCCCUGGCCGCUUGGGCAUGUAUCAAACUCAGCCGGCUGCAGCAGGGCUACCGACUGAUCCAUCUUCAUGAUUGCUCUGGGGCAGAAGCCGGUGCGGUCCUGUUGGUCCGGAUUACCAAGGUUCUCUCCUGA